UUUUGUUUUUGAAUUUUCUUGUCCAUAGUUUGAGUUAUCCAUAUAUCGCUAUAAGAAGUGAGGCAGGAGCCUUGUUGCUUUGUGGGCCUCUCUGAUCUAGCGUUUUGCGGUCCGUUUUGGCGAUCGUUUUGGGUUUUUGAUUAUCUUGGUCUCGUUAACUUUCAUUGAAGCUUGAUCCUUUUGUGGGAGUUCGGACGAGAUUCAUCUCAAAUCGUUGUAGGUUAUCUAGUUCUUUGCAUUUGAAUGGCUCGGUUGGUUCUGCCGUACAAAAGUUCGGGGUUUGCGAGGGCGGGUCUAUUGGGUUUGAUCUCCUCCGUUCCCACUAAAUGCCGUGUUCGUUUUUUGGAGAAUUCAGCAAGAAAUAUCUCUAGAUAUAGGCGCAUCCUUACUUCAGAGGUUCGUGCACUCUCUCAGACUCUGUAUCAAAGGAGUCGUUGCUUUUCAUAUCUUUCACAAUCUAGAGUUCGGCAAGCCAACAGGAGGCUAAUUUGUUCGGUUGCCACAGAAACCUUGCAAAAGCUAGUUGAAGAACCUGCAAUGGAUUCGCCAAAAGAAAUCUUUUUGAAGGAUUACAAGAUGCCUGAUUACUAUUUUGAUACGGUGGAUUUGAAAUUUUUAUUGGGCGAAGAGAAAACUAUUGUUAGCUCAAAAAUAACUGUGUCCCCCAGAGUUGAAGGUUCUUAUCCUCUGGUUUUGAACGGACACGAUCUAAAGCUAGUCUCCAUUUGGAUCAACAGCAAGGAACUCAAGGAGGGUGAAUACCAGUUGGACUCACGCCAUUUGACGCUCCCAUCACCACCAAGCGGUGCAUUUACUUUGGAAAUUGUUACUGAGAUAUAUCCUCAGAAGAAUACAUCAUUAGAGGGGCUUUACAAGUCAUCUGGGAAUUUCUGUACACAAUGCGAAGCUGAAGGUUUCCGGAAAAUAACAUUUUAUCAGGACCGCCCAGAUAUCAUGGCAAAGUACACUUGCCGCAUUGAAGCUGAGAAGUCUUUGUACCCUGUAUUAUUGUCUAAUGGAAAUCUCAUAGAACAGGGGGACCUUGAGGGUGGUAGGCAUUAUGCCCUUUGGGAGGAUCCCUUCAAGAAACCCUGCUACUUGUUUGCCUUAGUUGCUGGGCAGUUGGAGAGCAGAGAUGAUAUUUUUGUGACCCGUUCUGGUAGAAAGGUCUCCCUAAGGAUCUGGACCCCGGCACAAGACGUACCAAAGACUGCUCAUGCCAUGUAUUCGCUUAAGGAGGCUAUGAAAUGGGAUGAGGAUGUGUUCGGUCUUGAGUAUGAUCUUGAUCUCUUUAAUAUUGUGGCUGUUCCAGAUUUUAACAUGGGAGCCAUGGAAAACAAGAGUUUGAAUAUCUUCAAUUCCAAGCUUGUCCUGGCAUCACCAGAAACUGCUUCAGAUGCAGAUCAUGCUGCAAUCUUGGGAGUUAUUGGCCAUGAGUACUUCCACAACUGGACUGGCAACAGAGUGACAUGUCGAGACUGGUUCCAGCUCAGCCUAAAAGAAGGUCUCACUGUUUUCCGAGAUCAGGAAUUUUCAUCUGACAUGGGAAGCCGUACUGUGAAGCGGAUUGCUGAUGUUUCAAAGCUUCGAAAUUAUCAGUUUCCACAGGAUGCUGGUCCCAUGGCUCAUCCUGUACGGCCACAUUCUUACAUUAAGAUGGACAAUUUCUACACAGUGACGGUAGGAUUUGUCAAUUUGCAUUUGUAUAUUUUAAUCCCUGUAGGUUAUGAAUUCUCAGGAAAGAUGUCUAAUUGUUCAUUGUUUAUGUUCCUUUUACAGGUGUAUGAAAAGGGAGCUGAAGUUGUCAGGAUGUACAAAACCUUACUGGGGAGUCAAGGGUUCAGAAAAGGCAUGGAUCUUUAUUUCAAGAGACAUGAUGGUCAAGCUGUAACCUGUGAAGAUUUUUUCGCUGCCAUGCGAGAUGCCAAUGGUGCUGAUUUUGCUAAUUUCUUACAAUGGUACUCCCAAGCUGGGACCCCUUCUGUCAAAGUAUCAUCAUCUUACAAUGCUGAAGCUCAUACUUUCUCUUUGAAGUUCAGUCAAGAGGUACCACCCACUCCAGGGCAACCAGUAAAAGAACCCAUGUUCAUUCCUGUAGCAGUCGGUUUGCUCGACUCAACAGGCAAGGAGAUUCCUCUUUCCUCUGUGUAUCAUGAUGGAACAUUGCAGUCUGUUGCAAGCAACAACCAGCCAGUAUAUACAACGGUGCUUCGAGUGACCAAGAAAGAGGAAGAGUUUGUGUUUUCCGAUGUAUUUGAACAGCCAGUUCCAUCUCUAUUGAGGGGCUAUAGUGCUCCUAUUCGUCUUGAAUCUGAUCUCACUGACAGUGAUCUGUUUUUCCUUCUUGCUCAUGAUGCUGAUGAGUUCAACCGUUGGGAGGCUGGACAAGUGCUGGCACGCAAGUUGAUGCUAAACUUGGUGGCUGAUUUCCAACAAAACAAGCCAUUAGUUCUUAAUCAAAAUUUUGUGGAUGGACUCAGAAGCAUACUCUCUGACUCUAGCUUGGAUAAAGAGUUUAUUGCCAAAGCGAUAACUCUACCUGGUGAAGGGGAAAUAAUGGACAUGAUGGAAAUUGCUGAUCCUGAUGCUGUUCAUGCUGUUCGUACUUUUAUCAGGAAGCAGCUUGCUUUGGAACUGAAAGCAGAGUUACUCACAACAGUUGAAAAAAAUAGGAGCUCAGAAGAGUACGUGUUUAAUCAUCCUAAUAUGGCAAGACGAGCUUUGAAGAAUGUUGCUUUAGCAUAUCUGGCAUUGCUUGAAGAUCCCAAGUAUACCGAGCUUGCGCUGCAUGAGUAUAGAACUGCCACAAAUAUGACUGAGCAAUUUUCAGCUUUGGUGGCCAUUGUGCAGAACCCUGGUAAAACUCGUGAUGAUGUGCUGGCCGACUUCUAUAGCAAGUGGCAGCAUGACUUUUUGGUUGUGAAUAAAUGGUUUGCCCUUCAAGCCAUGUCUGAUAUUCCUGGUAAUGUCGAGAAUGUUCGGAGCCUCUUAAACCAUCCUGCAUUUGACAUGCGGAAUCCAAACAAGGUGUAUUCGCUCAUUGGGGGUUUUUGUGGUUCUCCUGUGAAUUUCCAUGCAAAGGAUGGGUCAGGCUACAAGUUCUUAGGAGAAAUCGUGCUGCAGCUUGAUAAACUAAAUCCUCAGGUGGCGUCCCGCAUGGUGUCAGCUUUUUCUAGAUGGAGGCGAUACGAUGAAACCCGGCAAAACCUUGCCAAGGCACAGCUGGAGAAGAUCAUGUCUACCAAUGGACUAUCGGAGAACGUGUUUGAAAUUGCCUCAAAAAGCUUGGCUGCUUAAAUUUUGUAGUUUAUCUUUGCUGAAAAUGUGCAGAGAAUGCGUCGCCACUACCUGUGACCAAAAAUAAAUAUGUUCUGGCACUUUUUGCUGCAACUCCACAAAAAAAGUAUGCUCUUUAUGUAAUACUUUUUACUUGGAAUUCGACUUCUCUCUGUUUUGUUUUGUUGGGAUGUGGAUGGGGCUGUUUAUGGUAUUAUAUAUGAUAAGUGUGUUUCUUUCA